CUUGUUCACUGAGGCGGCGUUAAACUGACUGGAACCAUGUGCAGAGUCAUGGCUACAACUCAAAAGCGGGUCCCGAGCGCCUUGGGGAGAAGUGGGCCCACCCGAAGAAACCUGUUUGGCCCAGUGGACCGAGAACAGCUCCAGGUGGAAUACCGGGCCGCCCUGAGUCAAGACCUGGAGGAAGCGACCAAACGCUGGGGCUUCGACUUUGUCUCAGGCAAGCCUCUGGAGAGCGGUGACUUCCAGUGGGAGGGCGUCACAGAUACCAGGGUGCCACUGCUCUACAGAUCCUGCAGACUUAGUGUUGGGCAGGCACGGGGUCAAAGGGCAACGAGAUCAGUGGGUUCAACCAAAAGAGGAAGGGUGGGCCUGCCGCCAGAGAGUGAGAAGGAGAACAUCCCCCACAUGCCAGAGAAACGCACUCUGGACCUGGAAGACAUGGAGAAAACACAGCGGAAGGAGGAAGACCGAACAGGACUGAAGAGGAAACAGACAAACAUCACAGAUUUCUAUCAGACUAAAAGGCGAGUGGUUUGGCUGCCGCAGAAAUCCGGGGAGUGAUAUCUACCACGACGGUGCCAAAGCUCCAAGAGGACCUCACCACAAGCAGUCCCUCCCUCGGGAGUCAGAUAUCCAACUCCCAGCACGAGGAAUCAUCCUAAAACAAGACAGUAUACGGUUAAUUAGGGUACUGUAUGUGAGGAGUUUGGUGGAGGGUUUUCCCACCAGUGGUUAAGAAGGGGACAUUUGAGCGGAGAAGAUUAACACUAAUCCCAGGAAUCAGUGGAUUUAUACUCAUUUGGAUUGAGGGCUUGCCAAAGUGCUGACUGACUUUAGCUACAGCUCCUGAAACACUGUCGAUUCUCAGCUCUGUGGGAACGUCCAACCACUUGAAAGGACGAAGAAGAGACGGGUUCACACCUGAACUGUUAUUAAAUCUCAAGUUUCACCAGCAAAGCUGGAAAACUGAAGACUUGUCUCCUUUGUUUAAAUCCACAGGGGUUUUCUUUCAAGGACUAAGACUCUUUUUUUAAUGUUCUACUCAUUUAGGAGAAAUCUUGAGGAGUUGGGAUGUCUUGAAUGUGCAGUUGCUUUGCGUAGAUCCUAAACGACAGAAGUGCCAACUCAUCCUUUUCCAUUCAAUCCUUUCUGCUGUGUGAAACUGAUCUUUAAAUCCUCCACAGCCGCCCUGCCCAGACCAGUUACGUUUAUAGCACCAUGUCUCUGGUGCACGUAUCAAUAGGAAAUAUAACAGAAAUGUAUAGAUAGAGCUGAAUAUAGUCAAGUAGCAUAAAAAAUAAAACCCUUGCAGUAUUGCACAUGAACCCAAAGGUGGUGUUUUAAGUUGCACCACCUGGCUGGUGCCGGUGUUACACCGGUGCAGCAAUUUUAGUAUUUUAAGCUUCAUAAAGGACGAUCAGAUGAAAGUGUUCUCGGUGUGUUAUUAAAAGCCGCGCACUUUAUUGUUUUCUAUUUGAGUGCAAAGUGCAACUUAUGAGACAAAGAGUAGUUUGUUUGUGUGUUCUGAUAAAUCCUGCUGCUACAGAUAAUCUGGAUGAUAACAGACACGGUUUUUGUAACGGUAAUCCUUUCACACACUGGCGGCUUUGAAAUGUUCACCACUGAAAACACACACAAAAGAACACCCCCCCAAACUACAAAAUGCACUUCUGUUAAUAG